AUGCCUGGCUCGGACGACGGCUCUGAUAUCUAUUCCGAAGAUGAUUCCCGCUCAGAUCAGACAGACACCGCCUCUCUGGUUGGUCGUGGCGUUCCCGACGACAUCACCAGUCUUGAAGGCAGGGAUGACGACGAUAGCGAGGUGGAUAGUGUGGACGUGCGAAGCUGUUACUCUGAGACAUCACUCCCCCCAUUCCCACCCCACAUGAGAGAACAAAGUCUGGAGAACAGCGACACCACUAUCAAAGCUCCCUAUCAGUUGGGUUCAGACCCUAUCGAGUUUGUCGAGCCGGACAACUGGUCUGAAAGGGAAACAGUCGAACUGAAACAUACCAUCAAAGUAUUGAAUGCAGCUGAGAUCCCCGCAUUCCUGCGUACCCGUUCCCACGACCUGGGCGAUGGCCAUCUAUCUGUCACUGUCCAGCAGACAGUGGCUAAGCGUGGUCUUGACCUUGCCAAGCCAUUCCGUGCUCUCUACAUCGGCGACUCAGAUUUCAAGCAUAUCGUCCUUGAUAAAUUGGGGGAUGUUCUCGUUGCAGGCUCCGAAGAUGGCUUUGAUAAUGGCGAAUCAGGGAACGCUUCUCGUUUUCACGUCGUCCCAGCAUCCUUUGGCACCGGCGCUAGUCCGAACUAUGCAGAACUUCUGCCAAUUCAUGUUCAACUUGUCGUCGAUGAAUGCCUGUCGGCAACGGCACAGAGUAAACAAAGCAAAAUUAGCAUUACGCUAAAUAAUCAAACCCUUUGCAGUUCAGCUUGGACUGGAUCGGGCUACGAAAUACAAUCCUCUACUCCUUGGACUCUUCCAGACUUGGCUAUCUUCUUUAUAGCCCAAGAUGACAAUCUUGGAAGCCGCAAGAUUCGUUCUCUGUGUCAUACCUUCAUGAAGCGCCACGGGGUGCCAUCUAUAGUCAUCUCCGAGAAUCCUAUGUGGGCCAAGCAGAAUCCAAUUGUUCCGCUGGACGAUCAAAAUUUACAUAUCUGUCUGGAGUCCCGGCGGAAGGGAACGGGUGAGUCACAAGUACUCGGCAGGUUCCCAAUUGAUUUGAAAACCUUCGAAAGUAUUGCCCCUGGACAGCUAAAUCGGCAUAUCGCAUCCCUUUCGAGCCUUUGUUCGUCGAAAACUAUUCCCAAAGCGACUAAGGCACCAGAUAAGACGACUGGAAAUCCCAAUCAAGUUCGAGACUGGAGACUCUGGGUAGAUAUCAAACCAUUGUCGGACGGUUCUCAUCAGCUCAUUUUAUUCGGCACACCGUACAACAUCGGUACAAUUAGGAACGCAUUUUUCUCCUUUGGGAUCCUAGCCUCUGGGUUUUUGGUGAUCGCGGUGAUUUCUGCUCUCAUGCAUACCUUUAUUCUAUUGAUCAUGAACCUCUCCUCUCGAGCUCUCACCCUAUCUAUGCCCCCUCCCCACGCUGGACCGGCCUCGACAACGGCUUAUUUGCCUCCCAUCACAACUACGGCAAGUACCGCAAAAACAACAUCGCUGAUGCCUCUCUCCGCACGAGACCUGAUCUCUUCCGACUGUGCGCUGGAAGAUUCACUCCACUUAGAUACCUAUAUCUCGAAAAUUACCAGCGGCACGGAGGAGCCUGGUAAUGGACGUGAUAAAGUCCAAGUCCAUGUUAUUGGUGACUGCCACAUCAUUAUAAAACUUCCGGCUCGCCUCGCAUCACGCCGAAAAUCUUUCAAGUUCGAUGUAAGGGUAACCAGAGACGCCCUUCAUAUUCCGUUUGACCAGACGCGCAUGUUUGACGGAGUAUACAAGCUGCGUCUCCCCAGAGAAGACGCAUAUGGCCUUCUGAACAUUUCCAUCAUUACGAAAUCAAAACCGAUGAUCGAACAGGUUACGGAGAUUGACUUCGGAACUCCCUGGCUUAAGAUCGCUAACUGGAAAAGGGCCGCCCAGAAACUUUCUGCCAAGCUCAGAAGGGAUCUCAACCUGGCCUCUGUAGGGCUUUCAGACGCAUACAACCGAAUGUCCGCAGAUUUGCAAGAAGUGAGCGACAUUCUACGCGUGGAAACCGAAUCGGUAGGUCGGGCCUCGUUGCAGCGGGCAAUGAAAGCCACGAGCUCGAUGCUGGCCAAGUCGAAACAGUUUUCCGACGAGAUCGCACGACGCACACAGGAUAGAAUGCUGGCAUCCACAACCUUACUUCGUGAGAAACUGUCGACUGUGAACACGGAUGUUGUGCAAUUGGCCAAUGAUGGUUUGUGUGCAAUAGAGAAGGAGGCGAGGAGACUAUUCCAGAAUCCCGCAUCUGCGUACGACUUCAACAUUGCCCGGGCAUCUCACAGAUAA